AUGGAAGAAACUCGACAUUCGUCCCUUGCGUAUAAUUGUUAUCUCAGCCGUUACUUUUCGGACAAGAGGCAUCAUUUCCCAUCACGACAGAUGAGGUGCUCCGAGUGUGCUUCCGUGAACUAUUCGCGGAAAUUGAAGAAACUCGACUUUCUUUCCUUGUCAUCGAAGUGUUAUCUCGGCCGUUAUUUUUCGGACAAGAGGCGUCAUUUCCCAUCACGACAGAUGAGGUGCUCCGAGUAUGGUUCGGUGGACUGUUCGCGGAAAUGGAAGAGUCUCGCUCUCGGGCUCUUGCCGAGAAACCCGAGAUUCUUCUAUUUCCGCGAACAGUUCACCGAAGCAAACUCGGAGCAUCUGACCAGGAAAUUGAAAGAAAUCGUAUCGUCUUGCUAA